AUGGUUGAACUCCUUUACCCCAGCCUCCCGACAUAUCCGAAGUUUAGGAUACAUCAUAUUUUAUCUAAGGUUAAGAUCAAGAAGGAAUGGGGCGGGGCUCUCCAGGAUUCAGGAUCCGACAAGAAUGCCGAACACGUCAAUGGAAAGGCUAAAGCUCACCUCCGUAUAGCAGCUCUGAACGAAGAUUCUUAG